AUGACUUCGCAAACGAUACAGCAGAUGGAGUCGGCCCGGUCGCUCGCGUUAGGCGACGGUAGAUACUAUCCUACCAUUAUACCGGGCGUGCUCCCCAUCAUCGGUUACAGUGAAGACCAGAGCAUCGAGAUACAGCGUUGGGGUGCCGAGUUUUUGGCAGAGGCUUUCGCAUCGCCAGCAUGGCCCCAAGAGGCCAAGCAGAGCAGCGCGCCCUCGGUGCUGGCUACCCUCAAGGCCUACCUGGAGAAUGUCGAUGACAAGAGCGUCAUCAAGAGUGCCAUCCAGGCGGCCGCGAGCGUGUAUCCACUUGUAUACAAACAUACUGUCUCCGACCCCAGCGAUUCGCAAAACUGGGGCCUCAUGUUUGGCAUCAAAGCAAACAUUUUGCGACGAAUGGACUCGGCCGCCCCUGGCGUGCGUAUAUGCUGCGUCAAGUUCCUCCAACAAGUCGUCCUGGUACAGACACCAGGUGUGGCAGACCCUAGGCGCGCCGAUCACAACGACAUUUCCCUCUCCAUUGUGCCCCGCGAUCAUCCGCUUAUACCGUAUGCGAGCCUCGAGGCUGAAGGACAUGGACUACUGGACAGGCUGUUGGAUAUCAUACAUGGGGAUCACAGUGACGGAUUGCUCGUGACUGCCACCUUGAACAGCUUGGGCAUGCUGAUCCAUCGCCGACCAAAUGCUGCAAAUAAAAUCUUGAACAGUGUCUUCAACUUCAACCCCUUGAAGCUUGCCAAUUCGCCAAUGACGCCUAAGAACAAGGUCAUUAUUAAGUCAAUUGAGCGUACAACAAGGGCACUACUCGUCAACAUCAUGAAGAGGAACCCCGAGAACCCAAUCAAUGGGCGCAUACAACAGUUUCUGGAACGCAUGCAUCGUGCCCGUGUGGAGUUUUUUGAGGAAUCCAACCGUAAACGGCCAGCACCCGCUGAACCGACCGAUGGCCUUGAUCACGCCAAGAGACAGCGACUUGUGGCUGAGCCUCCCAGUCGUACACCCUCUGUUCAGCCUCUACCGCCUGGUCCAAUCAGCUGGCGACAAUUAUACACGCUCAAUUCUGAGGGCAGUACUGCAAAUUUUGAUGUGCAAAAUUUCAAGGAUCCUGAGCAGUUGGUCAGGAUUGUGGUGCCAGUCCUGCAGUCGGUUAACCCGCAAAAGCUUGAACAAGCAAUCAGUGCUGUCCGUGCUCGGUAUCAAACACUGCGGCAGAACGCUGCGAGUCAACCUGUUCAGCCACCAAGCGCUCCCGCCGCAGAAGAUGAGGAGGAAUAUGAGCCCGACUUUGAACCUGAAGAUGCGGAGCAAAUCAUGAACAAGCUUGACGGUAUCCCGUCGAAUCCCUUCCCAACCCAACAAGGCCCAUCCACUGCUCUAGCACCCUUCAAGCUGCCCGAAGCACCUCCAUUAUCCGAUCAGGAUGUCCAGAAGUACGGUGACAUGACCGUACAACGCGCCUUCGGCAUGCUGAGUAGUGUAGAUGAGACACAAAAGAGCAAGGCCACAAAAGGUGGUUUUAACCGUCUAGCAGCAACAGACUACAGCCGCGACGCCUGGGUCACCAUCCUCUCCCGCCUCGCCACACGCGCAAGCGCCGGUCUCGACGACCCCACCGAUGGUAUCAAAGACGAGUACGCGGUCAAAAGCACCCGCAGCAGCAACCCCCGAAUCAGCGACUCCAUCCGCGACUCCCUGUACCAGUACAUCCUCUACGACUGGAAACGCCGUAUCGACGUCGCAAUCUCCUGGCUCAACGAAGAAUGGUACAACGACAUGAUCCUCGCUCAAUCCGCCGAGACCCCCUUACCCAACGGCACAGUAAACGGCAUUUCCCCUUCUAAACCCCCAAGAGGCAACUACCACCGCUGUGCCCUCCGCCUCAUCGACGGUAUCCUCCCUUACAUCGAGCACACGGAUAAAAUCCUCCUGCGUUUUCUCUCCGAAAUCCCUUCAAUAGACUACACGCUCCUUGUUCGCCUCAAGAAAAUGGCAGAGGACCCCGAGCGCAUCGAUCUCGCUUGCAACGCUCUACACUACCUGUACAUGUUUCGUCCUCCUGUCCGCAAGAUCGUCGUUGAUGUCCUCGCGGAGAUGUGGGCGGAGAACGAGCGAGCAAAACCCAGUGCACGCAAGUUGCUACUUAGAUGGAGGCCAGAGGUUCUGGGUAGCGAGAUGGCGGGCAACAACACAACGCAGUUGGUAGUUAAAACUGAGAGCGGUGUGGACAAUGCUGCGGGUAAGGUGGAAGUUGGGGCUGCGUCGUGA